AUGUCCACUUUUAAUGCUGAAACUGCUGAGAAUUUAGAAGAUAUUGAAAAACAAUUCGCCGUCAAAGCUGUCCAUCAAGCUGAAACUUAUUGGAAUUUAUUAACCAAAAUUAAAGGUUCAAAAUUAAAAUUAACAAAAUAUGAUGAUGAUAUUUAUGAUUUAUUAGUGGAAAAAUUCCCUGAAUUUAAAGAUCCAGAAUAUGCACGUUCUAUAAAUGAAGAUGAAAUGAAAUCCAAGACUGGUAAAGAAAGAUGGAGAUUAUUUUGUGAAGAAUUUAAACAUAUUGAAGAUUAUAAUUUUGGUACUUUAUUAAGAACAAAGAGUGAUUCAGAAUAUGAUCAAGAAACUACAAUUUUCGUUGUUAGAAUCCAAUUUUAUGCUAUUGAGAUUGUUAGAAAUAGAGCUGGUCAAAAUGACUGGAUUUACGGUAAAUAA